AUGCAAGAUGUCAGCAUGAUGACAUUUUUGAUGGAAAACGAAGCGGAAUUAAAUUGUGUGGAUCAGAAGAAGCGCUCUGCACUCAUGUUGGCUUGUAUCAAUGGCAACCGAAAUAUAACCGAUCUACUUUUGCGUGCCGGCGCCGAUCCGAAGUUGAAAGAUUCCGAAGGGUUCACUGCUCUGAGUUUUGCAAAGUUGUAUGAUCACAAACCAUGCGCUGAUCUGGUGCAGCAAGCCAUUCGAUCUGGAAGUGGACGCGAGCUAUCCCCAUCACUUGACUCGCUCAUGGAUGUUGCCUAUGAUGAUAUUCAGUACUACGAACAAGGAGGUAGAGACGAAGUGGGAGCUUCAGAGAAACAACAUGAUACCAGCUUGUCGGACAAUGUGGUUUAUAACAAACCACCAUUGCCACCGGGUGUUAUCAGUUCGGCAACUUCGAAUAAUUCCAGAACAACCCAGUCCAAUGUGAAUAACAACAUUUCAGGUCCGGAGAAUUUGUUCCGUCUUCAGGGAACAACCACCACAGCAGAGGAUGAGACUGGCGAAGAGAUUCUAGAUCUGAUAUCUAGCUCUGACCCAAACGAAGAAAGUCCACUGAGCAAGGAGACCAAUACGGACGAUGAGGUGGAGGACGACGAUGAAGAUGAGGAAGAGGGUGAGAAUUUCAUAUUUCUCCACGAGUUGACUAAACGUGAGUUUGACGAACAAGCCGUGUUGAGCGAUUCAUCCUAUGUGUCCGAUUUGAUCGGAGUGGACCUAAUCGGUUCCAAAUCUGUGCAUUUUGCUCAGUCCACUGUCGGCUCUGCGUUAGAUUUGACACGAAAGCCGCUGGAGCUGGAAUCCAAGAGCAACGUUUACCAAGCAGGGUCACCUGUACGACAGGAUCGAGUUCCCAGUAUCAGCUCCCCGGAGGUGUUAGCCUCACCUGAUGCUCUAAGCAGAAGUGAACACAGUCUAUCCUCUCGGUCAGAUCUGCCCUUGUCCGAACAAGGAAGCAGUCUGCUCCGAGGUCAAAGACCCAGUCCGGAUGGAGGAACAGUGACCAGCCCAAGUCCACCCGCACCACCUGUCACAGUGAACUCAGUGGCAAGCCCUUCGAGGCUGAAUGCGUCAGCAACAGACGCAAGCCCACAUGAGAGAAAAGUAAAUGGUAAAACAGUGACCGAAGCACAAGGCAUGAGACCAGGGCCAGUUGGAUCAAAGACAGAACGCAUUGAUUUAUUGCAUUCAGUGAAUGAUGAAGAAGAUUCAUGGAAAAGUGAUACUGAUUCUCGAAGUAAAGAAGAAUUGCGUCGAGUCGAAGCGGAUAUUGGAAGGAAAAUUCGAGAACAUUCCAACGAGGAGCAGACGAGCGAUGAUUGGGACAGCGAAUCCAACUCUCGACAGUCGCCCGCGAUGCAUGGCGAUACCAGGAACACUCCUAAUCCGGAACCAAACGCGAUACCGAAUCUCAAAACAAAUGAAGUACCGAGUUCAUCCAUUAUUAUCGGACCCCUCAAACAGGCUAUCGAAUGGGAUUCUGAUUUGGACGAUGACAACUCCGUGGAUUCGGAAGGCGAGCAUCCGAUCCCGCACACACAAGGCGAGUCGCUCGACGGUCAUCGGGAUUCUGCUGAACAGCCAAAAACUCUUGAGCGCAAUAUGGCAGACAUGUUUGAAUCACCAUCUAAGUCAGAUGGGCUAUCUGCAAGACAGAAAAAUAAAAAUCUGCCUCCCACAGAAGCUCGAAGCACAUCUGCGAAAGAUUCGGUAGUGGUCACUAUCCAGUCUGCCGGUUCGGACGAUGAGGACAGUGGACCGACGAACCUGUCUCCCAUUGCGGAGGUGGAGGAAGAAGUGCAAGCCUUCGACGACGGUAUGAAUGCGGCCGAUCGAAUAAAAGUUGGAAAGGCCAAUAUUCCAGAAGUGUCAUUUUGGAAUGCGCAAAAACACCUUCACAGUGAAACUAAUCAGGCGGAAAGGACCGGUUCAGAGAAAGUUAAUCAUCAAACAGUACUUCUGUCCACAUCAAACCGUUAUAUUGACAAUGAUAUGACCGACGAUGACGUGAUUCCAAUAAUCGAUGUGGAUGGUCCGGGUCCUGCCAACCAGAGAGGCGCUACGCGGAUUCCAACUCCACACGUCAUCGAUGCCGGGCAAACAGUCACAACAACACGAAAUGCUUCCACUCUGAAUGGGGUUCCAACGUUUAGUGAGCUACCAGAAGAGAACUUUCGCAACAGACUUAUACCACCAAGGCAUCGGUAUGCAGUUCGUGGAGAGAUUACUGAAAGAAAUGGUUCCAAACCAACGAAGAUUGUAACCGAUCAAUCACUACACAACGUGCAGUAUAACCGCCCAAGUGGCGAUGACUAUAUGAACUUAGACGGUGGAAAUUUUACGGAACAAGCCGAGGAAGAAGAUGGACUGGCCACAGAAAACGAAAUUAUCACUUUAGAUGAUCUUGACGAACAUGAUGACAAGCAGAAUUGGCCAGGAACAGAUCAAAUAUCCAAAGAGAUAGAUGAUACAUCCGAGGCGAGCAACUCGAUAUCAAGCAGGUACACCUCCGUUUAUGCCCACUUUCAUUGUCUAUGGUUGUCGAAUCUUACAGGUUUCCUGCGAAUGCUGUCAAAUUCUUAA